AUGUGCUACUCAGAAGUGUCAUUUAACCGAAUAACUGAAAAGUUUUAUUUAAUUCAGUCAAAUAUACAAUGGUUUGUUGGUGUCAUUUUAUCACGUAAACUGCUGCAGGAUAUUCCUGCUGACCCACCUAUGUACCACUCGCUCUUUCGGGAUAAAACUGGAGAAAACUCAAACUUAGAUGAUACGGAAACGCCUGGAGAAAAGAAGUCAAGCCUUACAUAUACAGUUGGUGAUGCUGUAGAAGCAUCUGGUUUUGGAGGUUUUCAGCUGAAACUAUUUGUAUUAUGUGGUGUCAUAUCAGCUGCAGAUGCUAUGGAAAUGCUUCUACUUUCGGUUCUUGGCCCAGCUUUACGAUGCUACUGGCUUCUGUCAUCUGGACAAGUUGCUGCCAUAACUACAGUUGUCUUCGCUGGAUUUUUAUUUGGUGCUCCUUUAUGGGGUUUUAUCGCUGAUAGAUUUGGUCGUUGGCCAACUAUGUUGAUUGUCUUAUCAAUGAUUACGUACUUUGGUGUUAUUACAAGUAGUGCACCGAAUUACGUUUGGAUUGUAAUAUUACGACUUAUCGUUGGAUUUGCUAUUGGCGGUGCAAAUAGUAGCUUCACAUUACUCUCUGAAUUUCUGACUGUUAAACAUCGAGCUAGAGUUCUAUUAGCUUUCAAUGUUUUCUGGGCUUGCGGCAGUACGUUUGAAGUUGGUUUGGCAUACCUGAUUCUUCCAAACUUUGGUUGGCGAUGGCUUGUAUUCGCUUCGGCACUACCACUGAUGAUUUUCUUGAUUCUACUGAAGUUUCUUCCUGAGUCUCCAAGAUUUCUAGUCAGCGCUGGAAAAUCGAAGAAGCUGAACGUAUUAUUGCAGAUUUGUUUCGUGCAAACCGGGUUACGCCGUUACAAGGUACUCUUGUCUCAACUGCUAUACCGGUUGGGGAUCGAGGUAGCAUAA